ACGUCGGAGGAUGACGUAGCGUCGCCGGACAAAACUUAGAAAAUAUUUGUGGUUCACGUACUUUUUCGUGUUACCAAGUAAAAGUUGAGUUGUGUUUGUGAACUUCAAUAUGUAUUAGUGAAUCAGAUGUGUCCGAAUUGGCGUAGUGUUUAAGUUACUUUCUGUUUUGUUUGUUAUUUACGAUGAAGUUGGACUCUGGAGUUGGUAGGCGGCGCGGCCGCAGCCUGCUCGGCAGCCUCGCAGGAUUCAGCCUCCUGUUAUGGGUAGCUCAGGCCGCGACCCCGCUCGGCCCCUCCGAGAGGCCCGAGGCCUAUUUCAACGGCAGCUCCUACAUACGACUCUCGAGGCCUAUAUCUCUCAAGCAACUCGUCGGCCUCAACUUUCGGACUUGUGUCGGAGGCGAGCUGUUCUCCCAACGUUUCGCCGGCUACACUCUGCACGUGACCGCCCUCCUGAAGCAGGUGGUGGUGUCCUGGGUCCGGCCUGGACAGCAGCAGCGCGAGCAGGCCAUGAACCGGAGCACCCUGGACAACAAGUGGCACUGGGUGGCUCUCAACUACCAGGCGAACCCGCCGUCGCUGCAUCUCGAGGUCGACAGGGAGUCCAAGGUGAUAUCCAAUCGCACGCUGAACCCGUCGCUGCUGUCCCCCGGCAACCUGCAGGCGGACGGCGCCGAGGUGCUGGUCGGCAACGUGUUCGUCGGCUGCAUACACGAGGGGCCGCAGCUCGAGUUCCACGCCAGCGCCCAGCUGAGGAACGUGGAGUUUGGGGAGUGCCCCCUUACCAACAACUGCACCGUGCGACAAGAAGACGUGCAACAGCAUCUGCCCCGGGACCGCUGCUACAACGAGCCCUGCAUGCGGCACGGGACCUGUAUAUCCAGGCUUGACAAUUACGAGUGUAUCUGCUCAGCGCGGUACACCGGCAAGAACUGCGAGGUGGACACGGGGGACCCCUGCGCCUCGGGCCCCUGCCAGCACGCGGGCCGGUGCGUCGAGGACGCGCGCGGCGACUACCAGUGCGUGUGCGACCCAAGGUACCACGGAGUGCACUGCGAGUUGGAGGUGUCGGAGGACCCGCUGUGCGUGGCCGGCCCGUGCCGCAACAACGGCAGCUGCAGCGUGCCGCCCACCGCCGACACCUACGUCUGCUCCUGCCCCCCUGGAUACACCGGCCGGAACUGCGAAACCGAUGUGGACGAGUGCGCCUCCUCGGGCGCCAGCGUGGCCUGCCUCAACGGAGGCCGGUGCGUCGACGCGGUCAACAACUUCACCUGCGACUGCGCCGGUACCGGUUACACAGGGCCCCGCUGCGAGUCCAACGUUAACGAGUGUCUCGAGGAGCGGGAUAUAUGCGGCCACAAUGGGCUGUGUUACGACACGUACGGCGGAUUCGUGUGCGUGUGCCAGCCGGGGUACACGGGCGAGCGCUGCCACAGGAUGACCCCGUCGCCCUGCACGUCCAACCCUUGCGGCGCCGGCGGCGAGUGCAUCGAGGACGGCCCUGUGGACUUCCACUGCAAGUGCCGCCGCGGCUGGGCGCCGCCGCUCUGCGCCACCCCGAUACCGGCCAGCUGCGAUGUCACGUGUCCGCCGCGCUCGCACUGCAAGGAGACCGGUGUGCCGGCGAUGGUUACCGGUGUAAUGAUACAGAAGCAAGUGAUGUGCGUUUGCGACUUAGGAUACUACGGUGCCCCAGGGUUGUCACCUAACUGCACGACCCUCGAGCUCGCCUGCGAGUCAGGGGUGUGCCAAAACGGCGCCACCUGCAGCCUCGGCACCGACCAUUUCAACUGCACCUGCGCACCUGGAUACAAAGGGGCCUAUUGCGAGUUGGCCGCUGCGAAGGCCCUCUCGGACCUGAAGGCGGCCCCGGAGCGGUGUUCGGCGCAACCCUGCGCUCACGCAGAUACGUGCCAGGACACGCCGAUGGGCUUCCGCUGCUCCUGCCUGCAGGGCUGGUCGGGCGUGCGCUGCGACGUGCCCGACACGUGCUCGCCCCCGUGCCUGAACGGCGGCGUCUGCGAGGACGGGGCGUGCACGUGCCACGUGGGGUACGAGGGCGCGGCGUGCGAGCUGGCCGACUGCAGGGCGGCGGGCUGUCCGCACCAACAGGAAUGCGUCGAGCAAAAUGAUACGUGGCGUUGUAUCACACCAGUGGACCAAUCAGCGUGCGCCCCUCACCCGUGCAACAACGGUACCUGCAUGCCAUUGGACGGCGGCGGCUUCGUGUGCCAGUGCGGCGCCGGCACCAAUGGUGAGUGUCGCAUCACACUAGUGGACCAAUCAGCGUGCGCCCCUCACCCGUGCAACAACGGUACCUGCAUGCCAUUGGACAGCGGCGGCUUCGUGUGCCAGUGCGGCGCCGGCACCAAUGGUGAGUGUCGCAUCACACUAGUGGACCAAUCAGCGUGCGCCCCUCACCCGUGCAACAACGGUACCUGCAUGCCAUUGGACAGCGGCGGCUUCGUGUGCCAGUGCGGCGCCGGCACCAAUGGCAAGUUCUGCGAUGUGGACAUCGACGAGUGCGCGGUCAAGCCGAAGAUAUGCAACAACGGGGUGUGCGUCAACUCGCCUGGUUCCUACCAGUGCUACUGCAGGCCAGGGUACACAGGUGAAAGCUGCGAGCAAGAUAUUAAUGAGUGCCUAUCCGCGCCGUGUAAAAACGGGGGCGUGUGUCUCGAUCUGGAGAACAACUUCGAGUGCACGUGCAAGGAGGGGUACAAAGGCAAAGACUGCUCAAUAGACAUCAACGAGUGCGAGUCUUCGCCUUGCGCAGAAGGCUCCACUUGCGUGGACGGCGUGGCCAGCUACUCGUGCGUGUGCCAGGACGGCCUCACCGGCCCGACUUGCGACGUCAACAUUGAUGACUGCGAAUCCCAACCGUGUGAGCACGGCGGGCGCUGCAUCGACGGCCUAAACACAUACACCUGCGACUGCAGCAACACGGGCUACGCGGGCGUCCACUGCGCGGUCAACAUCGACGAGUGCGCCUCGCAGCCGUGCGAGAACGGCGCCACCUGCCGCGACCUGGUCUCAGACUACCGCUGCGAGUGCCACCAGGGGUACACGGGCAAAAACUGUGACGUGGACAUCCAAGAAUGCGCAAGCAAUCCGUGCAAGUACGACGGCAUAUGCGUGGAGCACAGCAACACCAGCCUUUACCAGCCGGCAGACGGGCCCCCCGUACAACUGGGCCCGCAACCGCAUAUGGUGCUACCGGAUGUGUUCUACAGGCCAUUCUCCCCUGAAAACGCUCACGGCUACGAAUGCAUAUGCGUGUUCGGCACGACGGGGUCCCGCUGCGAGGUGAACAUCGACGAGUGCGCGGCGAGCCCGUGCCGGCACGGCAAGUGCGUGGACGGGGUGGGCGGGUACACGUGCGAGUGCCUGCCCGGGUACGAGGGCGAGCACUGCGAGGUCGACAUCAACGAGUGCAACAUAUACGACCCUUGCGGCAUCCACGGGCGCUGCUACGACGGACGGGCGACCUACUACUGCGCCUGCGACCCCGGCUGGGGCGGACGCAACUGCUCAGUCAUUCUAGAAGGCUGCCGCCAACAGCCGUGCCGUAACAAUGGAACCUGCCUACCGUGGCUGCGACACGAAACUGAACACCGCUUCAACUGCAGCUGCACGCCGGGCCAUCACGGGCGCACCUGCGAGAAGAUCACAACCAUGUCCCUGGAAAAGCGCAGCUACGCCGAAAUCAACACGACCCGCGAGGAGGGCUACGACAUCUCGUUCCGCUUCAAGACCACCCUGGGCAACGGGCUGCUGGCCAUGGGCCGGGGGCUCACCUACUUCUUCCUGGAGCUGUCCAACGGGAGGCUGAACCUCCACUCCUCGCUGCUCAACAAGUGGGAGGGGGUGUUUAUUGGCUCCAACCUGAAUGACAGCAACUGGCAGAAGGUGUUCGUGACAAUCAACUCCUCGCACCUGGUGCUCGCCGCCAACGAGGAGCAGACCAUCUACCCGAUCAGCCAGAACGAGGCCUACAACUCCUCAGUGACGUCCUUCCCGACCACCCGUCUCGGCACCGCCGGCUCCUCGUACGCCACCGUGACGCACGGACCGAACUUCUUCGUGGGGUGCUUCCAGGAUGUUGUCGUCAACAACCAGUGGGUGCUCCCCGCGGACUCUAACGCCACCGCCGCGGAGCCGGAGCCGGAGGAGCCGGAGCCGGCGGUGCGCGCGCAGCUGCACGGCGUGCUCGCCUCGUGCCCGCGCAAGGAGCAGUGCUCGCCCAACCCGUGCCGCUCGGGCGCCUGCGAGGACGCCUGGAGCUCCUUCGUGUGCACGUGCCCGAGGCCGCACCUCGGCGACACGUGCCAGUACAAUUACACCGCGGCGACUUUCGGUCAGGAGUCCGCGACGCCCCACUCCGUGGUGACGGUGGCGGUGCGCGAGGUGGCGCGCCGGGCGGUGCACGCCGCGCUCGACAUAUCCAUGUUCAUACGAACCCGCAAGCCCACCGGGCAGAUAUUCUACCUGGGCUCCAUGCCGAGGUACGGCCAGACUGAGGAGACGCUGGUCGGAGCGUCGCUCAAGGGCGGCGAGUUGCUGGUGCACCUGCGCUUCAACCAGACCCCGGAGGACUACACGGUGGGCGGCACCAGGCUCGACAACGGGAACCUGCAUCUUAUACAGGUUGUGAGAAACUCAACGUUGGUGCAGGUGAAACUGAACGGGACGGAAUACUUCAGAAAAUCCAUCUCGGCCGCGAAACAACUGGACGCUCAGGUGCUGUACCUGGGCGGGCCGCCGCCGCCGCCCGCGGCGAGCACGCCCGCCCCCUCCCCCUCCCCCGCGCCCGCCCCCGCCGAGCCCCUCCCCACGCCCGCCACCCCGCGGGUGCCCACCGACGCGGACUACUUUAAAGGCGUCAUACAGGACGUCCAGAUCUCGAACGGCGUGAACGUGACGAUAGUGGAGUUCUUCCCGCUCCGCGUGGCCGGCCUCCGCCUGCCGCUGUCCUUCGGCGACGUGACGCUCGACCCGGCCGGCGUGCUGCCCGGCGAGGUGACCGACGACGCGUGCGCCUCCAGCCCGUGCCUGCACAACGCCACCUGCAGCGUCACGUGGAACGACUACACGUGCUCGUGCCCCCGCGGCUACAAGGGCAAGCAGUGCGCCGAGGUGGAGUUCUGCCAGCUGCAGGCGUGCCCGCUCAACUCGCACUGCCGGAACCUCGACGGGGGCUACGAAUGCAUAUCCAACGCGACGUUCGACGGCGUGAACACGACGCUGGGCUACCGUCUGCGGCGGCCGCGCUCGCUGCACGGGGGCGCCGCCGUGCCGCCGCCCACCUCCGUCACCAUAACAUACAGGACGAAACUCGGCGGCACCCUGUUCAGAGCGGAGAGCGUCGCCGGGCCGGACUCGUGGUUCACGGUCGGCGUGUACAAGGAGCAGGCGUCUCUGGAGUGGCGGCUCGGCGGGGCCUGGCCGGAGAAGAGGUCCAUACGGCGCUCCCUCCAGACGCACUCGCAGUGGAGCGUGCUCAAGAUUGCCGUAGCGAGAGACAUGCUCACUGCGGCAUUUGUAGACCCGACCGGGCACGACGAGAUCACCACGACGUCGCCGAUAGACCAGGCGGCCUGGCAGCUGCUGCUGACCGACGGGCAGAUCUACCUCGGCGGCUCGGCGCCGCAGGAACACACGCUGCAGCCCACGGUGGAAACGUCCACGGAACAAAACGUGUUCGAGUACACGGAGGGAGACGGGUUCACGACGGAUAACGACGCCGGCAAAUACUUCAAGGGCUGCAUGGGCGCCGUGUACGUGGGCGCGCUGCUGCUGCCGUUCUUCACCGACGAGGAGCUGUUUGUCGGCUCGGCGGCCGCCAAGCUCGACGCGCACCCACACUACGAACUCAUAAGCGGCAGGCCGUGGGGCACCGCCGACGGCGGCACCACGAUCGGCUGCGUGCUGUGCCUCGAGCAGGACUGCGCCCGAGGCGGCCGCUGCGAGGACGUGCGCUCCUCGUACGCGUGCGCGUGUCCCGCAGGUUACUCCGGUGACUACUGCGAGACCGAUAUAAACGAGUGCUUGCAUAACAAAUGCCAGAACGGAGCAACGUGUCGGGAUCUCGUGGCCAACUACACCUGCGAAUGCCCUCAAGGAUUUACCGGACAAUUCUGCGAAACGGACAUCGACGAGUGCGCGUCCACACCGUGCGAGCACGGCGGCACGUGCACGGACACGCCGGGCGGCUUCGUGUGCACGUGCGCGAGCGAGUGGCGCGGCGACCGCUGCGAGACGCCGCGCGAGCGCACGUGCGCGCACCAGCCGUGCCAGCACGGCGCCACGUGCAGGGACGUGCCAGACGCACCGCGCGGCAACAACUACACGUGCACGUGCUCCAGCGGCUGGGUGGGCGUGCACUGCGAGCGCGCGUUCUGCGAGCUGCAGCCGUGCGAGCACGGAGCCUGCGUCACCGACGGGGAGGUACCGGCCUGCGCGUGCGACCCCGGCUUCACGGGCGUGCACUGCGAGACGGAGAGGGACGAGUGCGCGGAGGGGGGCGCGCAGCGCUGCCUGCACGGCGGCACGUGCCGGCACACGCGAGGCGGGUUCCUGUGUGUCUGCCCGCCAGCGUGGACAGGCCUCCACUGCGAGGCCGACGUGAACGAGUGCGACAAGGACAGCGUGAGCUGCGGCCCCACGGGCACGUGCGUCAACCUACCCGGCUCCUACAUAUGUCAAUGCGAGCGCGGCAAAUGCGGCCACGAGUGCGCCCUGGCCGACCCGUGCUACCCGGCGGGCAACGACACGGGUCCCUGCGAGCACGGCGGCGGCUGCACGCAGCGCUGCAGCGACGUGGUCGACCACACCUGCGAGUGCAUCGACGGCUGGGCCGGCAAGAACUGCUCGCAGCAGAGCGUCGCAUCUGAAUCGGAAGGCAGCGACUCGACGUCGUCGACGGUGCUGAUCGCGGUGGGGUGCGCGCUGCUGGCGGCCGCGCUGGCCGCGCUCGCGCUCGGCGCGCUCUGCGCACAGGCGCGGCGCAAGCGCGCCACCAGGGGCACCUACAGCCCGUCGGGCCAGGAGUACUGCAACCCGAGGGCGGAGAUGAUGCACCACGCGCUCAAACCGCCCCCAGAGGAACGGCUCAUAUAAACGUCCGAGCCCCGAGCGGUGUCCGCUCGCCACACAAACGCCAAGUACCUGUGCGGGGUGUUACUCCGCGACCCGGCAUC